AUGUCCAUCCUCAUGCAGUAUCUCCGCCUCUUCGCACCCUCGCGCAGCGGCAACAAGUUCAUGUGGUAUGGGGCCUGGACGACCAUUGUAGCAACGUUCAUCGUGUAUCUGUUCUUCACCUUCUGGACUCUGUUCUACUGCAAGCCUCGGCGUUUCAUCUGGGACAAGCUUAUACCCGGCACAUGCUACGAUGUGAACGACAUCAUCCUGAGCCAAGGCGCCUUUAACAUGGCAUCCGACAUCGUCAUCCUCUUCCUUCCAACCUUCUCGCUAUGGCAAUUGAACGUACCGCUAGCACGCAAGAUGUUCAUCACGCUGUUAUUUGCAACCGGUCUUAUAGCAUGUGUCGCCUCAGCCAUGCGCAUCUGGUUUACCAUGAACAUCUCUGCAGCAAUCUCAGAGGCUGACGUGUCUUGGAAUGGCCUCUUCAUUGGAAUCUGGACGACACUCGAAGUAUCUCUUGUUUUCGUCGUAGCAUGCACCUUGUGUUUGCCCAAGCUGAUCCAAGCGAAGGGUCGGAGGUUUAGAGUGGCCUUGUCGUACGCGUCAACCCCUUUCUCCGCCAUUCCAGGUAUCGUCCGCAGGAAGACAGGCUUACAGGAUGAUGCCGAACAGAGCGCGUCGCAGAAGAGCACAAAAGUAGAGCGAACCUCAACAUGGGAGGAGAUCAAACUUGACGAUAAUGGUCCUAACUAUUUCGAGGAGCGCGAGCAUACACACUGGGAAGAAGAGAUUAACUCUCGUGCAAGAGAACAAACGAAAACGUUACACAGAAAGCCUAAUGCUAUGCCGAGUAGCGAGUACCCACAACGUAACGGGUCGAAGCAGUCGAUGCCGCGGGACGGGUUCGAACAGCAGACGCUCCAUAGGCCAGAGCUAUCAAAGCAGCAACAGCCGUGUAGAUCCGCUUUUAGCCCGUAG